ACAAGAUUUUAGAUCAGUUUUGAUUGUUAACUAGGAGGGUGUAAUUAUGUGACCGAAGCUUCACUAAUCUGUCUUCAUUUGCCUCUACUUCCCCUUUUUUGGCAACUGUUGUCUGCACGCAACAACAUCAUCAUUCACCAAAAUCCAAGAUACAUAUACCUUGUCCCAGCUGAGAAAGCAGAUUUAUAAAGCUAGAUAUUAUUGAUUAUUGUUUCAUCUAUACUAUGGCAAGUGUUGUUCUUAUGGUUCCCUGCCAACCCAAAUUACUGAAGAAUCAUGUGCUGCAUGGGAAUUUCCACACAAAGGCAGCAUCGUAUUCAUACCCGGUGAUUAGGAAUGAGAAAAAUUCCUCAUUCAGUUACAAAUCCACUGUUCAUGUUCCUAUUUAUGAGUUGCCUGGGGCUUCUUUUGACCAAUAUUUGGAUGACAAGGCCAGAGUACUCAGAGCAGUGUUUCCUGACAAAGGAACAACUAAACAGCUCAGUGAGGAAGAGUGGAGGAUCAAAUUACCUCCCAUACAAUGCUUAUUCUUGAACGUCCACCCAACAGCAGAUGUCAGGUUGACAUUCAAGUCCAAUGGGGAAGAUUACCCACCAAACAUUCCUCAUCAUGUCACCAAAAUUCUUGAGCUUAACUUUAUAAGGUGGGAGCUUCAGGGCCUCAACACCUUUUACUUGGAUCCUUAUCACUUUAAUUUAGAUGUUAAGGGGGCUAUGUACCCAGAAAGGAUGGGACCACGUAGCUUGCUCAAGAAUCAGACUGAGAUGAAGAUAAGCUUUUGUGUCUCUCCAGCAACCGCUUUCAUUCCUGAAAAAAUCUUGCAGGAUGCACUAGAAUUGGUUUUCAAGACCAUGUUGGAUGAAAUAAAGAAGGACUUCCAAGGAAGAUUAUUAGCAGAUUAUAAUAGUUUCAAGAGGAGCAAGCCCAAGAAGAACCCAGUCUAGGCAUGCUGUUAAAUUGAAUGCUCUUUUGAAUUCAUUGAUACACAGUAUUUUACUAAUGUUGGGAAAUUCAAGGAGUAUUGUAAAUUCCUAACACAUAAUAACUACAAUUGUACAGAGUUGAUAAGCAUAACAAGCAAUAUUUAAUCAA